GAGGCGGGUAUGGAUAUUUGCUGGAACCUCUAUGGUGGAUCGGGAUGGUCACCAUGAUAAUAGGUGAAAUUGCGAAUUUUGUUGCAUACAUCUUUGCCCCAGCUGUCCUUGUUACACCACUGGGUGCGUUGAGCAUCAUUGUGAGUGCCGUUUUGGCCCAUUUCAUUUUGAAAGAGAGAUUGCAGAGGAUGGGUGUCUUGGGUUGCGUGCUCUGCAUUGUGGGUUCGACAGUCAUCGUGCUCCAUGCCCCAGAGGAAAAGACGCCGAGUUCUGUUGAGCAAAUUUGGGAUUUGGCAACCCAGCCUGCCUUUCUAUUGUAUACAGCAUCUGCAGUUGCAGUAUCCCUGGUGCUCAUGUUGCAUUGUGCUCCACGAGUCGGGCAAACAAACAUACUGGUUUACUUGGGUAUUUGCUCUGCCAUUGGAUCUCUGACGGUGAUGAGUAUUAAGGCCAUAGGAAUAGCAAUCAAGCUCACGUUAGAUGGCAUCAACCAAGCUGGUUACUUCCAGACAUGGGUAUUCGCUAUGCUGGCAAUCUCCUGCAUUGUAAUUCAAUUGAAUUACUUGAACAAGGUUGGUAACUGAAGACUCGCUACGGCUUGAUCUCACUCUGUUUGUUCUUUUAAUAUGCAUGUUCUAUGCACUACAAGAUGUAUGGUAUCUGUGUACAAAGUAAAUUAUGAUCAUACAUGAACAAGUUAGGUUUCUAUCUUUUCUUCAUUUCACUAUGUAUCUAUGUUGGAAGUAAAUUAUGAUCAUACACGAUCAAGGUAGGUUUCUAUCUUUUCUUAUUUUUAGUGUGGUAUCUAUAUAGGAAGUAAAUUAAGAUCAUACAUGAUGAAGGUUGGUUUCUAUCUUUUCUUCGUUUUAGCAUUUUAUAAUUUUCUUCUUCCAUUUUAUCAAAAUAUUUUCAUCUUUUUUGUACUCUAAGCUUGAU